GACAGCGCUUUUGUCAAUCAUUCCAAUAGCCGCAUACGGACAGCAAUGAUGGCCGAUUCACAUUCUCCUUCCAGCGUCAGUUUGGCAAAUCACCGGGUCAGAUGUCCGGAUAAAACACCGAUCCAGAUUCUACACGAAUAUGGCAUCAAAAUCGGCAGCGCGCCUACGUACGAGCUACUACGCGCUGGAGGGGACGCGCACCAGCCCUGUUUCAUGUUCAGUGUCACCAUAGGAGAAAUUACCUGCACAGGUGAAGGAUUGACUAAAAAGGCUGCGAAGCAUGAAGCUGCAGAAGCCUCUAUAAAAUUAUUGAAACUGGACACCCAGUCUAAUGAUCAGAGGGAGAAUAAUGGCAUUUCUUCUGAAGCAGGUGAUGUGUCCAACCCUGUGGGAAUACUGCAGGAACUGGCCAUGCAGAGGGUGUGGUGCCUUCCAGAGUAUGUGGUGUGUAUGGAAUCAGGGCCUGAUCACAUGAAAGAGUUCACUGUUACCUGCCGUCUAGAAGGACUGGAGGAGACCGGGACAGGCAGCUCAAAAAAGCUGGCCAGACGAGCAGCAGCUGAGCGGAUGCUGGGAAAAUUGCAGAGUUUGUCAGGAUCUCCUGAAAUCACAUGGAGCCCACCAUCUCGAGUGUAUAUAGAAAGUCUUCGGCACUCUACAGGAGAGAAGAUUUCUGUCCUGAAGAGGACGCCACUGAGCAUCCCAAACACAGACUACAUUCAGUUGCUGCUGGAGCUCUCUCUGGAGCAGGGCUUUCAGGUCACAUACAUGGACAUCGAUGAGCUGACCGUGAACGGGCAGUACCAGUGUUUGGUGGAGCUGUCUACCAGGCCGGUGACGGUGUGCCAUGGUUCUGGAAUGACCAGCAGUAAUGCCCACAACACUUCUGCACAUAAUGCCCUGCAGUACAUCAAGAUGGUCGCUAAUCAACACUAACAACAGUUCUGGGACCAUUCAUAAAGAUGCGGCAGAGUGAUUCACCAAGGCCUGUUUCACACAGCUUGCCUAAGCAAUAGCAGACGCAUGGAGCUUUCACACUGACAGCGUUUCUGCUGCGUAAACAGUGUGCAGGUCAAAGUGAGAAUAAAGUGAUUUCUGGGAGACCACACUUUUUAUCCUAUAACAACUAUAAAUAAUGUAUUGUUAUAAAUGGUUAUUGUAAGUGACUAAGAACUAUUACUAAUCCAUUGGGUUUAACUGCUUAAAUUUAGAUUUUUUUUUUUUUUUGUACAAACAGUCGUUGAGUUGUUCGCAUUAUGUUGCUUCAUAAAAGCCUAUAAUGCAACAGAUUGUAUUGCUAACAGUGAUCCUGUUUACAUGCACACCAAAACACUGAUAACUCUGACAAAGCAAGAAAACCUCAUUUACAUGAGAUUUUAAAUGAUCAAUUUAUUCUUUGCUUUUGAUGUUAAUCCGUGAAGAGGCAUGUGCACAACGUGCUUACAUUGGAUUAGCCGGUAAGAAUGUCGGUAAAGGUGUUAAAAGUAACGUGAAAUCAGGUUAAUGUGCAAAAAUCUACCCGUGUCGAUUUGGUUUAAGCAUAAUCGAUUUAAGAACGUGCAUGUAAACACUCCAAGUUAGGUAGAUUACUUCCUAAAUUUAAUCUGGUACGGAUUACAGAGUGCACAACUGAAAUUGUAUUCAAAAACAUAAUCUUUUAGAUGAAAGUAGAUAAUCUAAUCCGAUUACUUUUGGAUUUCUUAUUGCAUAUUUGAUUAAUAUAAUUUUAGGUGUAUUAAGUACCAAUUUAUCCUCAAGAAAACAAACAACAAUUUGCAACUCCGUUAAUACCGACACUGGUUGCUGAAUAGGUUUAUAAUGCAAUUCCAGUAUGUUUACCACUGUGUAGCAUUUUACGCUCAACAAAAAUAGGCUCCGCACUGAAACUCUACUUGCAGCCACACUUCUGCUGCUCAUGUGCACAGUGUGAAUGCUGAAACCUGUUAGUAUGGCUGCUGAAAUGAAAAUGUGCUGCUUACGCAAGCUGUGUAAAACAGGCCCUAGAAUCAAAGCAUAGGACUUACAUAUUUCACAAAUAAAAGUGAUGUUCUGUCAGGUCUAUGCAGCCUAAAGCAAAUCUUCUUUUGUUUUGUUUUUUGCAAGCCCUCAAUCAUCCUAAAUUGUGAUUGUCAUCAGUUUUUUUUAUUUUAUUUUUUUUAUAAAGAGUGCCAUGCCCACACUAAUGUUUUCAUUUGAAAAUGCAUUGUUUUAACUACGUUUACGCCUCUGAUCCAUAGAUUCUGCACUGGAGCAGCAUUUUCCUCCUCUGUAAAUGGAGACUUUUGAAAACGCUCUCUAGUACUGCAUACUUUGUAAAACAAUACUUUGAAAACUACGUUUUCAACCGAAAAUGUAUUGAUGUGGAUGUGGCCUCAUAACGUAUGUGUUAACCAGCUUUUUUUUUAUUUUUUUUAUUCAUUUUCGAUUUCUUAUAAGGUUUUGUCUCUCUGGUUGUGAAUUGUUUUUAUUUAUUUAUUUUUAAAACUUUGUGUACUUUACAUUUACAGAUUAACAAUGGAUUGUUUCCUUUGUUGUUAGGCAGCAAUCUGUCCCAUGAAACAACCAUUAAAUAUUUCACUGGUUGCUCAGAA